AGAAAUUUCCUCAGAGAUCACAUGAGGGCUGGGAUCAAAUAAAAGGAGAAGCAUAACAACAGUGGGUAGCACUCUUUUGACACUGAGCAUUCCUGGAGACAAGUGAGCAGAAAAGAAAAACCAUGAGCACCAAUUCCAUGGACUCCUUGAAGACUUCCCUGCUGCAGUUAGAAUGUCAUUUUACAUGGAAUUUGCAGAAGGAGGAUGUAGUUCUUGAGACCCUAGAGGAAACAGUACUUGAUCACAUGAAGUUUGUCAAAGAAUGCAAAAUUACAGAUUAUAAUAUGCUCUCCUAUGUAUGUCACCUAAAGAAUUCAAAUGAGGAGGGCCUGAGAAAUCUCCAGAAAGCUGAAGAAGCUAUUCAAGAACAUCAUCCAGGUGAAAUUGCCAGGAGAAGUCUUGUUACCUGGGGGAACUAUGCCUGGAUCUAUUACCACAUGCAGAGAUAUGAAGAAGCUCAAACUUAUGCAAGCAAAGUGGAAAACAGCUGCAAAAAGCUUUCAAGUACUGCUCAUGGGAAGAUUCAGCUUCCAGAGGUCUAUGCACAGCAAGGAUGGGCAUUAUUACGUUUUGGAGGGAAUUACUUUGAGAGGGCAAAGGAUUGUUUUGAAAAUGCUCUGAAGAGUGAGCCCAAUAACCCAGAUUUUAAUGCUGGCUAUGCAAUAGCAAUGUUUCGCUUGGACAAUUUCGCUGAUUGGAACAAUCCAGGGACGCGGCCCUGCCUGGAGGCCCUGAAACGGGCAGUGGAACUCAACCCAAAUGACACCACCCUUCUGGCAUUACUGGCAUUACAACUUCAGGUAUUAAAACAAGCCAAAGAGGGCGAGAGAUACAUUGAAGAAGGAAUGCAGAAAACCCCCGACUUUCCUAUUUUCCUGCGAUAUGCUGCUAGUUUUUACAGAAAGAAAGGAGAAAUAGACAAGGCUGUGAAGAUUUUGAAGAGAGCCCUGGCACUGACACCAAAUUCUGUCGUUGUGCAUCAUCAACUAGGACUCUGCUACAAAUUCAAGAUCCUUGAAUUGAAAAUGGCAAGAUACCCACCUCAAGAGGAAGUGGACAAUCUCCUUGAGCUUGCCAUAUUUCAUUUAAAAACAGUGAUAGACAAAAGGCCAGUAUUUUUUUCUGCUUAUUGUGACCUAGGAAACAUAUAUGCACUAGGCAAGAGGUUUGAAGAAGCAGAAGAGAUAUUUCAGAAAGUGCUCCAGAGAAAUGAUGUAUCCUGUGGUAUCAAACAAGAAAUCUACUACAAUUAUGCAAAUUUUCAGCAGUUUGACAUGAAGUCAGAAUCAAAAGCCAUUAAGUAUUACAUAGAAGGUCUGAAAAUGGAACACGAUUCCUAUAAAAGAAAACAGUGCAGUGAAGCUGUGGAGAAAUUGUUGAAACGGAAAAUUAGGAAGGGUUUAGGACAAGCCACAGAUUUUGGUACAUUUGGCCUCGUUCAUAAGCUAAAUGGUAAGAAACAAGAAGCAAUUGAAUGCUAUGAGAAAGCCAUUGCUUUGGAUCCCAACAACGAAGAAUAUCUGAAUGCAUUAGCUGAGCUACAACUUUCCAUCUCAAGCUAAAGCUCACAAACAUCCUAUGUACCAAAAAUUCAUUCAAACCAAGGAGGUUUCUGAAGACUCUCAAAACUGUUUUUGUUAUUUGCCUUUCAUUUGAAGUUAGGCAUUAUGACCAGAUGGAACACAGGUGGCAUCACUUUCUGGUCAUAAUAUAGAAACUGCAGACAGUGAUUGUUCAUUUGCUAAGAGAAAGCAUGCUUGGAUAACUGUAUCAUAUAUAUAUUAUGAAUUUAUAGGUAAUCUAACAGUCUUUAAUGCUAACAUGGUUAUAAAUGUUGCAUUUCAGUGAUGGUCUGUAGAACAAAGAAUUUCUAUGCUGAAAUCAGAUAUUAACUUCUACUGAGAAAAAGGUAAGGGAAUCGUAACAUUAUGCCUGUACACUUGAAGGCCAUGGUUAUACUCCAAUAAAAUUUCUGAAUUUUUUUACGUGUUUAAAAAAUAUCUUUUGUAGAAGAAACUUUUGUUGAAGGCUUGUUCAGUUUAUUACUUUGUAUGCUCUUUUAAUUAUGAAAAACAAACAUUGUUCAGCUAGUCCUCUGGAAAGCUUACAAAAUAUGUAUUAUUGUUGUGAACUAUUAAAGUCUGUUGAGUCCAUAAA